AUGCCGUCAACUACGGAAGGAACGAGACCUGCCCCUCAAAAGAAGACCUUCGGCAAGUCGACAAGAGAGGUCCCUCAUGCGUCCCAGAAGGCGCAGAAGUGGUACCCAACCGACGAUGAUGCUCAGUCAAAGAAGGUCCGCAAGUCUAUCCGAGCUUCAACUCCCCGAUCUACUCUCGCCCCCGGUGCUGUUCUGAUCCUCCUCGCUGGCCGUUUCCGUGGCAAGCGUGUCAUUCUCCUGAAGAACCUCGACCAAGGUGUUCUCCUUGUUACCGGCCCCUUCAAGGUCAACGGUGUCCCUCUCCGCAGAGUUAACGCCCGCUACGUUAUCGCCACAUCCCACAAGAUUGAUCUGUCCGGUAUUGAUCAGAAGAAGGUUGAGGAGGUUGCGUCAGAGAAGUACUUCGCACGGGAGAAGAGUGAUAAGAAGACCGGAGAGGAGGCAUUCUUCAAGCAGGGAGAGAAGCCAGAGAAGAAGAAGCCAUCCAGCAGCCGCGCCGCAGACCAGAAGGCCAUUGAUAAGGCUAUCCUCUCGACAAUCAAGAAGGAGCCAAUGCUUAUUAGCUACCUCGGAAGCUCAUUCAGCCUGCGCAAGGGUGACCGGCCACACGAGAUGGCUUGGUAA